GAGAUGCCAAAGGCUCCACUUUCCAAAGAGGAAUACUUGAAGAGAUACUUGUCUCAACCAAAGGGCAAAAAGCAGAAGUCUGAUGGAUCCGUUCACUACAUAACAGGCGAAAUGCCCGACUCGCUGGAUGCCUUUGAUGAGAAAACAAAGCUGGAGUUGAAUAUGUUUAGACCCAGUGCAGAUGAGGAGGCGAUGGGUGUCACCCAGGUUCGCAAACGUACCAAAGGCAUUCUGUCUGAUGAGGCUAUCAGUGAUCAGGCCUUAAAAGCUAGGAAAAAUGCAGAAUUGGAAGCCAAGUAUGCCCUUUGGAAUCGGGGCGUAGACUCGGUGAAGGAGCGCGAAUUAGAACUAGAGCAGGCGCGUUACGAGGCCUCGAAACCACUGGCUCGCUACGCCGAUGAUGUGGACCUUAACUCACAACAGAAAGAGGCCAUCCAUGCUGAGGACCCUAUGGGCGCAUACUUUGAGGAGAAACGCAAGCGGAAGAAAGAAAAGGAAAAGAAGGAGAAGAAAAAGAAGCAUCGAAAGCAUGGAAUCGAUGAUGGCGAAGAGGGUGCUGAGGAGACGGAAGAGGACGAGGAGGAUUCCAGACCGCGCUACAAAGGUCCUCCGGAGCCCCCGCCAAAUCGGUAUGGCAUAUGGCCCGGGUACCGGUGGGAUGGGGUGGAUCGGAGCAAUGGAUUUGAGAGGAAACUGGUUGAUGAUAUCACACGCAGAAGGGUGGAACGUGAACUUGCUUAUAAGUGGGGCGCAGAAGAUAUGUAG